AUGACUGUGCAUGAUCCAGAAGCGUGGCGCUCCAAGCCUCAAGCGCAAGAUGUAGAUUACCCCGAGCCUGAAAAGCUUCACAAAGUGCUAAAGGAGAUUGAGACUUUUCCUGGGCUGGUAUCCACCACCGAAAUCGAUCGUUUGAGUGCACAAAUGGCCAAUGUUGCGGAUGGCAAAGCGUUCCUGCUGCAGAGCGGCGACUGUGCCGAGCUGUUUUCCUAUUGCAACCCGGCACAGAUCGAGGCAAAGUUGAAACUUACACUGCUGAUGUCUCUGAUUAUUGUGCAUGGCGUGCGUCUUCCUGUAGUACGUGUUGGCCGCAUCGCCGGCCAGUAUGGUAAACCCCGCAGCAAGCCGACCGAAGUCGUCGACAUGGGCGGAGAAAAGUGCACUGUGCUUUCGUUUCGCGGCGAUAACGUAAAUGGCCUGGACAUUGCAGAUCGUGCGCCCGAUCCAGAACGCCUCCUUUCAGCAUACUUUCGCUCUGCAGCGACGCUGAACUACAUCCGCUCCUGGCUGUCGAGUGGCAAUGCCGAUUUGCACGCGCCGCAAUCGUGGAGCUUCCAUCAUGUACAAUCCGAAUACUUACAGUGCGAGUUUGGGCGCAUAACGCGCGAGAUUGCCGAUGCACUCGACUUUAUGAAGACGGUUGGCGCUACGCCAGGCGACGGAGAAACGCCGGCCAAUGCACUCAACACGGUGGACUACUUUAUCAGCCACGAAUGUCUCAUGCUCGAGUAUGAGGAUGCGCUCUCGCACAGGACAAGCCAGGGUUUGUAUGAUCUAAGCGCACAUACAGUUUGGCUCGGCGACCGCACGCGGCAAGUAGACGGUGCGCAUGUUGCAUUUGUACGCUCGAUCCGCAAUCCGAUCGGAAUCAAAGUUGGACCUUCGAUGGAUGCAGAGGAACUGAUUCGUAUUUUAGACGCUGUGAACCCUGCUAUGGUAAAAGGGCGCGUGACACUGAUUACCCGGUACGGCGCAGGCAAUAUCAAGGAUAUGCUUCCGCAGCACAUUCGUGCUGUGCAGAGCUCACGACAUUCAGGAUUGGUGGUAUGGUGCUGUGAUCCGAUGCAUGGCAACACAAUCACUUCCAAGUACAAUUCAAGCAUCAAGACGCGCAUGUUUAGCGACAUCGUGAAAGAGUUGGCUGCCGCACUGCAGAUCCAUGCACAGCUAGAAAACCGUCUAGGCGGCGUCCAUUUGGAACUCACGGGUGAUAAUGGUGUCACUGAAUGCAUCGGCGGCAGUAUGGAGCUUUCUGACCAGGAUCUAUCGCGCAACUAUCUUUCCUACUGUGACCCACGCUUAAACUACGAGCAAUCGCUUGAUAUUGCGUUUUUGAUUAGCGAAGUACUUCGCUCGCAGCGCACGGGCAAGGGUUUGGAAAGCGAUGCAAUUGUGCGUGCGCUAUCCCAAUACAUGGAUGUCAAUCUGCCAAGCCCCUAG